AGUCGGUUUCGUAUCCAGCUCCAAUUCGCUGAAUCGCAUCGAGAGUGCCGCGUUUGUGUUUUUAAAGGCACUAAGAAAUGGUGCAAAAUCAUCACAUGCUGUUGCCAUUGUUGUUGCUUCUGGCCUUGCCCAGCCUAAUCUUGGGCAAGGAGCAGCCUGCACGGAUUGUUUGCUACUUUAGCAACUGGGCUGUUUAUCGUCCGGGCAUUGGACGCUAUGGUCUGGAAGAUGUGCCCGCUGAUCUGUGUACGCAUCUCGUUUACUCCUUCAUUGGGUUGAAUGACAAGAGCUGGAAUGUUUUGGUUAUUGAUGAGGAGCUGGAUGUGAAUCAGGAGGGCUUCCGAAAAUUCACGCAGCUGCGUGAAACGCAUCCCAAUCUCAAGCUGCAAAUAGCUGUCGGCGGCUGGGCCGAGGGUGGUUCGAAGUAUUCGCAAAUGUCGGCGGUGCGCGAACGUCGUCAGAGUUUCAUACGCAGCGUGGUGCAGUUCAUGAAGAAGUACGACUUCGAUGGCUUCGAUCUCGACUGGGAGUAUCCGGGUGCGACGGAUCGUGGCGGCAGCUUUGGCGACAAGGAUAAAUUCCUCUACUUUGUCCAAGAAUUGCGUCGCGCUUUUGAUCGUGAAGGACGCGGCUGGGAAAUCACGAUGGCGGUGCCAGUGGCCAAGUUUAGACUGCAGGAGGGCUAUCAUGUGCCAGAGUUGUGCGAACAGUUGGAUGCCAUACACGCGAUGACCUAUGACCUGCGCGGCAACUGGGCUGGCUUCGCAGAUGUGCACAGUCCGCUAUAUAAACGCAAACACGAUCAGUAUGCCUACGAGCGCCUCAAUGUGAAUGACGGCUUGGCGCUGUGGGAGGAGAUGGGUUGUCCUGCCAACAAGUUGGUGGUGGGUGUCCCAUUCUAUGGACGCACGUUUACGCUGAGCAGCUCCAACAAGAACUACAACAUGGGCACGUACAUCAACAAGGAGGCGGGUGGUGGUGCCCCAGGACCCUAUACGAAUGCAAGUGGCUUCUUGGCUUACUAUGAGAUAUGCACGGAGGUGAUGGACAAAUCCAAGGGCUGGACGGUCGAGUGGGAUGAGGAGGGCAUGGUGCCCUACACCUACAAGGACACCCAGUGGGUGGGCUACGAGAACGAGGCCUCGGUGCAGCUCAAAAUGGACUUCAUCAAGGAGAAGGGCUACGCGGGUGCAAUGACCUGGGCAAUUGACAUGGACGACUUUCAUGGUUUGUGUGGGCCAAAGAAUGCCCUAAUGCAGAUACUGUACAACAAUAUGCGGCAAUACCGGGUGCCAGAGCCGACGCGUGAGACAACGCCGCGGCCCGAAUGGGCCAAGCCACCCGCUACGCCACCGAAUCCCGACGAGCAGGGCAGCGUCGGACCACUGCUACCGACGACGUCGACGCGUAAACCGAAACCGCCGCCACGACCAACGCCAAGACCAACGGCAAGACCAACGCAAGUGCCGUUGCCAACUGCAAGCAGCACCACCAAGAGAUCCACUACAAAGCCAAAGAAGACAACAACUGCAAGAACGACCACGACGACAACAACAACUGCUCCCGAGGUCACCGAAGAGCCCGAGUCAAUUGUAGAUCCCGAGCCAACUGCAGCGACAGGAAUUGCAUUUGAUCCCAGCGAAAUUGAUUGCACCAAUCGCGACUUUGUGCCGCAUCCCGAUUGCCGAAAGUAUUUGCGCUGCGUGCAUGGCAAGCCUGUUGAGUUUGAGUGCAAAGAAGGCACCGCUUUUCAUACCGUUCUGAAUGUCUGCGAUUGGAUUGAGAAUAAUGAUCGGUAUUAUUGCACCCGCCUUAAGAAGAGAGCGCGUGAUAAUGAGACCCACUAGACCCAUUUUUCACACAGAUAUAUUUUAAUACCUAUUUAUUAAUAAACUAUUUUUAGAGUGCUCAGUGAGAGUGAGUGAUAUGUCUUAGCUUUCAAGUAUUUAU